GUUACACGUCCUUGCUUGACUUUCUGCAAGCAUCAAGCUAAGGAUGGCAAAAAUGAGUCUCUCUCCCUACAUAUUAAUACUGACUUUUUCUCUGCUUUCUCAAGGUGUUCUACUUUCAGCUUCCAAGUCCAUAAGGAACUUAGAAGAUGACAUGGUGUUUAACACAUUCAGGAUGGGGAAAGCCUUUCAGAAGGAAGAUUCUGCAGAAAGAUCAGCUGCUGCUCCUUCUCUGGAACAAUACAAAAAUGAUGAGAGUAGUUUCUUGAAUGACGAGGAAAGCAAAAAUUCAAAGAACACAGGCUCGAAACACACCUUCAUAAACCAUGGCUUGCCGCUGAAUCUGCCCAUUAAACCUUAUCUGGCACUGAAAGGACCAGUAGCUUUUCCAGCUGAGAAUGGAGUUCAGAAUACUGAAGCAACACAAGAAAAGAGACAGAUUGGGGAUGAAGAAAACUCAGCUAAAUUUCCCAUAGGAAGGAGAGAUUUUGACAUGCUCAGGUGUAUGCUGGGAAGAGUCUACAGACCUUGUUGGCAAGUCUGAUACCUGUUGGUCCACAUCACUUUUUCAGAAGAAAAAGAAUUUAGCUGCAAUUGGAAAGAAAAGUCCAUAGCAUUACUAUAACUUCUGUAUUGUUUUAAAUGUUUGCUUUAAAAGAAACUAGUUAUUAAGAUAUAUUGUAAUUUAAUGACCUGCCUUUUGUUGUACAUUAAAUUGUGAUGAUGCUGCA